AUAAAUGGUAUCUGUGACAAGUUUAUGAUUUGUAAUUUCUCUUGCAGCAUUAAUCCCGUCGUCAUUCCCGUGCUCUGGUCUUCCAGUGCACUCUCCAAUUUCCUUAUUUCCCCAUCUCUCUCUCUUAUACAGUCCUUUUGGGUUCCGCAGUUAUGCUCCCUUCUCCAGCACACCGUACAGCUGCUUCGAUUAUGGCGAGUAGAAGAGACAGAUUCAGUGAACUUCCGGCUGAUAUACUUGACAUGAUUUUGGGAUUCAUGCCGAUUGUAGCCGCAGCUAGAAUGGCUGUUUUGUCGACUUCCUGGAGAGAUUUAUGGUUUAGUCUCUCACAACUCUGCUUUAAUGAAUACUUCUUUUCUCACAUUCAAGACAAGUAUGUCUCAUACUAUGCUGCUAGCGGUGUCAGGGAUAAGAAAGUAAUUUAUGACAAUGAAAGCAUCAAUAUCUUAGUCUCUGUGAGUUUCAAUGUGAUCACUAGAGUUCUCAUGCAUCAUAAAGGAGUUAUUCGCAAAUUUCUCUUUGGAUUCUCGGAUGACGGUCUAGGACCAGGAACAAUCAGAUCGCGACUACUUGACAUUGAUCAAUGGCUCUCUUUUGUCACACUAAAAGGAGUUGAAGACAUUCACCUUAGUUUUGACCAAGAAUAUGGGUUCUUACUGCCGAGCUGCAUCUUUUCCUGCCCAACACUCAGGAGGUUGCAUCUUUCAGGAGCCUCUUAUGACACAGUGAAUGCCCCUUGCAUCCUCCUGAAUUUCACCAAACUUCGUUUUAGAAAUGUUCGUUUUGAGCCUAUAGAUCUUCUAAACUAUACAAUUAAUGCUCCAAUGCUUGAGAAUCUCUCAUUUCAUGAAUGUGAUCAAACCAUGUUCUAUUUCAACGUGACUGCUCCAAAACUUUGCACUUUAAAAAUUAUAAAUUGCUCCUACAGACAAGACAUUGCUUAUCUCCCAGUUAACUCAGGCUUGGGGAAUGCUCGUACCCUCGUUUUGGAUCCUUAUUCGAUCAUCAAUUUUUUCGAACCCUUUAUUAAAAGGGGGAAGCUGCUACAACCACGUGAUCUAAAUGUGGAAUGCCUGAUGUUGUGUGAAGACCCAUUUAAUCUCAAUAUAGAUGAUCGUUUCCUAGUAGCUGGUGAUAUUUCUUCUGCAUUCAUUCAUUUGCUGCAAGUAUGCCCAAAAUUGCGCGAAAUUCACAUACAAGCAUGGUUCCUCGAAGCAAUGCAUGAGUGCUUAAAGGCCCAAUCACCACUUUCGAAGGAACUUUAUAGUGCGGCUCAAACACUCAAGUCUCUUCACACUCUGAGUCUGAGUUAUGAUGACCUCUUCAAAACUUCAUCCGAUGAUUCGCUUCUUUGGGUCGAAGGUCUACUCUCCUCCUUUCCAACACUUGAGAAGUUCAUCAUAAGAGGAGGGAAAAUCAGUCUCAAGACUGCUCAGAAGCUCUUGCGUUUUCCUCGCGCCUCUCCAAAAAGCUUAAAAAUAUGCUCCGCCGUCCUUCUUCUCAUCGUCCUCAUCGCCGCCGUCUUUCUGACUCUAUUCCUCACAAUCUUGAAGCCCCGGCCGCCGGAGAUCACCACCCAUCCGGCGAACCUCCACAACGUGACGUUUGGGGUGUUCCCGACUCUGACCCUGAACGCCACCCUGAACUUGACGAUCACCGUCCGGAACCCGAACCACGGCAGCUGCACGUACGACGGCUCAGUCGCCGUGGUGUACUACAGGGGAUCUCCGGUGGCGGAGAUCCCGAUGGGGCCCGGCGCCGUGCCGGCGAGAGGACAGCACGAUGUGGUCGCUCUGGCCGGCCUCAUCGGGGACAGGGUCGUAAACAGCCCGGGCUUCUCGGCGGAUUACGGCGCCGGGUGCCUGAACUUCACGUCGGUGGCGAACAUGCCGGCGAGGGUUAGAGUUUUGAAGGCGUUCAAGAUUCAUUUGACGGUUGUGAUCGAUUGCGAGUUGUCUGUUUUGGUUUCUCCGCCGUACGACGUUCGGUCCACUUGUACCUCAAAACUUAAGUUUUGAUAUUCCUUUGGAAUGUUUUUUCUGAGUAAUUUACUUAAAUAGCACACAAUGACUUUCCCCUUUUAUUAUGUAUUAGUCAUUAUUUAAGUAAAUAUUCGCCAUCACAGGACAUUAUGAAUAUUAUUUAAGUGAUAUUUAGAGAAUAAAAUAAUUUAAGUGUUUUUUC